AUGGUGGCCGAUUACUAUGCUGAACUCGGCGUGGGGCCGAACGCCUCGCCUGAGGAGAUCCGAAGCGCCUACCGCAAGCAAGCCGUGAGAUGGCAUCCUGACAAAUGGAGGAGAGUUCCUCCAGAGCUUGCGGAGGAAGCCAAGAAGAGGUUCCAGAAAAUUCAAGAAGCAUAUUCAGUUCUAUCUGACGGACGGAAGAGGAAGUGGUACAACGCAGGUCUCUACGAUCCAAGCGAACAAGAGGAUGAGGGUUUAUGCGAUUUUGUUGAGGAAUUGUUGUCUGUCAUGACGGAAGUUCGAAAGGAGAAGAGGACUUAUGGGUUGGGGGAGCUACAAAAUAUGUUGUCCGAAAUGAUGGCCGGCGCCGGCGGGAGCUGGUGUAGUGGGUCGGCCGGCGGAGCCUGUAGAAGUUCGAAGAGGGCUCGCGUGGGAGACCACGGCUGCCCGACCGAAGCACCCAAGAGUCGGCCUGCCACCACACUUGUGAAGGUUGGGGGCGUCUGAUCGGCGACGUCUCUUUCCUCAUACGAGGACGAGAGAGAGGUAGA